ACUGUCUGCCAUUGAGUGUGAGGGUGAGGAGGCGGGAAAUGGCGUCUGGAGGUGCACCGUACAGUCGGACAAACGGUGCCUGAACAUAGCUGAGGGAAGGUGGCCAGACACAGCGGUCGUCCGCGGUAGGGUGACCGAACAGCCGAGGCUAUCCCCAUAUCUCUAUACGGAGAUACUUUGGAGUGUCGUAAAUCUUUACAUGUUCCGGUUACCAGGAUGAGGCUGAGGCAUCGCAAGGCGUCUCAGCAGAAAGCCGGCUCCCCCCACACGCCGCGGCCCACGCGGCCCAAGAGGAAGCACUCCGACACGGACGACAGAUGUCCCGCUACGGGGGGCAAGGGGCUACUCAACACCAUCAAGAAGAUCAUACGAGGAAAUGCAGUCAAGGUGGAGCAUGAGAACCCGGCCAAGAGGAGUCGGCUAGGCUGCGACCUCAUCACGUCGUCGCCGCAGCCGGGCACCCUGCCAAAGAAGACCAUCAACAGGGUGCGCAGGAGAGGGUCUGUCAACGGAGAAGCGACCAAUCAUGACACGAGUAAAGGCGGGAAGGCCAAUGGGAAGCUUGAGGAGGCGGCAGAAGCUGUCACCAGCCCACCCCGCACCACACUAUUGGACACCAUCUUCUCCCCCGUGUUCAACUACUUCUCACCAGCAAACAAGAACGGCACGUGUGGUUCAGACUCCCCAGACCAGGCGGUGGAGGCUGAGGAGGUGGUGAAGGCCCUGGACAUGGAGCACGGGGAGGAGACCCCCACCAGCACCGCCACCUCCGCCUCAGCAGAGCCCCUACGGGACACCGACACCGUGUACCCCCCCACAGCUACACCUGCCACCGACACCGCUACCGCCACCCUUCCCGUCGUCCCUCAGCCCCUCCCCUUGCCCCUCCCCCUGCCUCUGCCCCUGCCUCUGCCCCUCCCACUGCAACCAUCGGAGGUGCACGUGGAGGCGGAGGCAGAGGCAGAAGAACCCCCCGUUGAGGAGGAGGAGGAGGUGGAACCAGCUGUUGAUACCACAGAUAUGCCCCCGCUCACAGCUCCAGACACAGUGCAGGAGGUUGGCUACGUGGAGGUGCCCGCUACCACGGUAACGGUUCCGGCCACCAUCCCAGCAGAGGCAAACUACGAGGAGGACUGGGAGGUCUUCGACCCGUAUUUCUUCAUCAAGCAUGUGCCGCCCCUGACGGAGGAACAGCUGACCCGUAAGCCAGCGCUUCCCCUCAAGACGCGCAGCACGCCAGAAUUCUCACUCGUGCUGGACCUGGAUGAGACCCUGGUCCACUGCAGCCUGAAUGAGCUGGAGGACGCAGCUCUGACCUUCCCUGUACUCUUCCAGGACGUCAUUUACCAGGUGUAUGUGCGGUUGAGGCCGUUCUUUCGGGAAUUUCUGGAACGGAUGUCUCAGAUUUACGAGAUAAUCUUGUUCACCGCCUCCAAGAAGGUUUACGCAGACAAACUCCUCAACAUCCUCGACCCCAAGAAGCAGCUCGUCAGGCACCGGUUGUUCCGUGAGCACUGCGUGUGCGUGCAGGGCAACUACAUCAAGGACCUGAACAUCCUGGGCAGAGACCUGUCCAAGACCAUCAUCAUCGACAACUCUCCUCAGGCCUUCGCAUACCAGCUGUCAAAUGGCAUCCCGAUCGAGAGUUGGUUCAUGGAUAGGAACGACUGUGAGCUGCAGAAGCUCGUCCCUUUCUUGGAGAAGUUAGUCGAGAUGAAUGAGGAUGUGCGACCCCACGUAAGGGACCGUUUCCGUCUUCACGACCUGCUCCCUCCAGACUGAAGCCCCUUCCACCAACCAACCCAGGCCACACCCCCGGAAUCCAAACGAAGCCCCUCCUACCAACCCAAGCCACACCCCUGGAACCCCAAACGAAGCCCCUCCUACCAAUCCAAGCCACACCCCCAAGAACCCGACGGCUCCUCUCGGAUGGACAUCAAGUAAUAAACGCAAGCUGAUGACUCCAACCACAAUAACAACAACAACAAACAACAACAACAAACAGAAGUGUACAGAGGAAACAAACUGUUCAACACCAGGGGAAACAAACAAAAAAAAAUUAAAAUUUUGGAUUCCGACCACAGCGCUGCCGUUGCUGUUGAAAAUUUACCUGUUUUUUAGUUUGUUUGUUUGUUUUUAUCGACCUUUGAUGGUUUUGUAAACAAAUAAGACUCAAAACAUCAUUUUAAAAUGUAUUGUUAGUGACUUGGUGGGAAAUUGCCCCCCCCCCACACCAGCUCUCCCAUCAUCUAUCUUGUAAAUGUCAUCAAUCAACGGACUCAAAAACACUCUAUAAUGAACUUACUUUUUCCCCAUAAUUCAUUUCACCGCCCGCCCCCCCACACACACCUCUUUUUCUCAGCUGACCCCCGUCCCCCUUUUUAGCGCAUGGGAAGAGGUGGUGCUGGAAGGGAAGGGAAAAGUAAAUAUGGCGGACAUUUGGAAUGAAGUGAUGACAGCUUUGGGAGGAAGAGGAGAGGAAUGACUGACACUCUCUCUUGUAUUCUCUCUUGUCCUCCCCUCUCUACUCCUCUCUUCGCUGUUGGGGGGGGGCGUUCCUUCCUUCUCUGGGCUUUCCCUCAGAGUUUAGAGCAGCAGACCAGUUUCAACAGGAAUGGCCAGUACUGCAACGAAACACAUUUGUUUGUGUGUGUGUGUGUGUGUGUGUGUGUGUGUCUUUCAUCAAAAGAAAAAAAAACCUGAUGUGUGAAAGUGAAAACAGCCUCUAUUCUUGUAAUGGUUCUGUUCAUAGUUAUUUUUUAAAGAGAAGGAAAGAAGGAAAAAGCAGAAAAAAACAAGGCUUUACAUUUCGCCCUGCCAUAUUACAAUGCAUUCCUUUGUAGCGGAACUGUAACCUUUUUAAUCGUUUUGGAGUUUUUUUUGUCUUGUGUUCUUUAAAAAAGAUCGGUUUAAUUGCUUCUGCUUUUCCUGUGUUUUGUCAAACUUGUUGUUUUUUUCACACACCUCAGCUGGCAGGCUUGUCGGAGACGGCCCAUGGGUCACUAGGCACCAAACAAUUUGAAAAAUAACUGCCGCCCACUGACCAUUUCGCUAUUUUCUUUAAUACACAACGUUUCUGUCCUAACUAACUGGACCAAAACUUUGUGUGUAUUAAAGAAAACAGCGAAAUCGUCAGUGUGCCGAAGUUUUUUUCCUGUGUUUUGUGAAAGAAAAAGUUGUGUUUCCCUUCUUUCCGUUAGCCUACAGAGUGUGUCAUAACUGCACGAGAGGCCUGUGUCUUUUUUUUCUUUCUUUUAAAAAGAAAAGGAAAAAAAACGAAUGGAAAAAGAAAACGUUAAAGGAAAAAAAAUGGA